CUUUCCUUCGAAAUUGUGAAAUGGAAAUAAGGAUUCAAUUUGAGAGCCCGACGUUUUUGGUUUAUUUUAAUUUUCAAUUUUCUACAAUUUUUUUAAUUAAAUUUAGUGGCUGAAUGGCAAAAACUGGACGAUCGGGUCGAACGGUUAACCGCCUCGGCCGCUCGCCAACCGCUACAUAAAACAGGAGCGGCUUUUAGACUAUUCCGAACCGGUUUUGUGACCGGGUGGUGGUUUUACCGGUCGAACCGAGCGGCUCGGCUUUAAUAACACUGGUCUGAACCGAUUUGGUCCGGAUUCCGGGCCCCUACUUUCUAUGAAUGCCUCCAUCGGAACUUGACCUUUCGAGCUCCAUUCCGUCACCCAACUGAGCUCCGAUGUCGUGUGCUAAAACGAAAUCGGUCACGUUGCAGCAGUAGGUACGUGGCCUCACAACAUUUUCCAUCCAUAUCCAAUUCCAUUUCCGCCGUAUACACUUUUCUUCUUCUUCUUCCUUUCAUCCCCAUCCCGUUUACAGCUCAUCCUUCCCAUCCCAUCAGUGGGCACUCUAGUCAUUUCUCACCUCUCCUCUGUCGUCACCUUCACUUAAAGACAUUUUAAUCAUCAGCUUCCAAAAGGACUUGCAGGUCGCAGCUUUUUGCUCAGCCCACCGGCAAAAGAAAGGUUUCUUUCUGACCCAAUAUGUCGCCGGCGGCGGACGGGGUCAAUGCUCCGCUACUUGGGGAGCAGGAGAAGGAAAGGAGGAGGCAUGGCUCGGUUACCGGGGCGGUGUUCAAUGUGUCCACCAGCAUGAUCGGAGCGGGGAUCAUGUCCAUCCCGGCGACGCUGAAGGUGCUCGGGGUGGUGCCGGCGUUCCUGAUGAUCGUCGCCGUCGCCUGGCUGGCCGACGUCUCCGUCGAGUUUCUGGUGAGGUACACGCACUCCGGGGAGGCGACGACGUAUGCAGGGGUUAUGAGGGAGGGGUUUGGUGGGUUUGGGUCCGCGGCGGUGCAGAUCUGCAUCAUUGUUACCAACUUUGGGUGCUUGAUCAUUUACUUGAUCAUCAUCGGGGAUGUUUUGUCAGGGACGGAGCAGCAUUUAGGGGUGCUGCAAGAAUGGUUUGGGGUUUCAUGGUGGAAUACUCGAGCUUUUGCACUCUUUAUGGUUGUGAUCUUUGUUAUGCUUCCUCUGGUCCUGUUCAAGCGAGUUGAGUCAUUGAAGUGCAGUUCAGCCGUAUCAGUUCUCUUGGCAGUGAUUUUCGUGGGCAUAAGCUCUGUGAUGGCUGUCUAUGCCCUCAUACAAGGCAAAACCAACAACCCUAGACUGUUGCCUGAGCUAGACAGCAAUUCCUCAUUCUUUGAGCUCUUCACUGCUGUCCCUGUCAUUGUCACAGCUUUCACAUUCCACUUCAAUGUACAUCCCAUUGGAUUCGAGCUGGGGAACCCAUCGAUCAUGCUCUCAGCAGUCAGAAUCUCGAUGGUCCUCUGUGCAGCCAUCUACUUUGCAAUCGGCAUAUUCGGUUAUCUUCUCUUCGGGGACACCAUCAUGGCAGACAUACUCGUCAACUUCGACAGGACUGCUGAUACAGCAGCUGGUGCAUUGCUCAACGACAUUGUGAGGAUGAGCUAUGCUCUCCACCUGAUGCUGGUUUUCCCCUUGUUGAACUUCUCGCUGAGGGCGAAUCUCGACGAAUUCCUCUUCCCCAAGAAACCCCUUCUGGCGAAAGACACCACCAGAUUCUUGGCCAUCACUUCCGCUCUGCUGGUACUGAGUUACUUGCUGGCGAUUGCCAUACCGAACAUAUGGUAUUUCUUUCAGUUCAUGGGAUCGACCUCUGCAGUUUGCCUCGCCUUCAUUUUCCCCGGCUCGAUUGUACUGAGGGAUGUUUAUGGGAUAUCAACGAGGAGGGACAGAUUGUUUGCAGCAGGAAUGAUAGUUCUGGCUGUGAUAACAAGCGCCAUUGCCAUAUCGAGCAAUGUCUACACUCUGAUUGGUGAUAACCAUGGAGUUCUCUCUCAGAAGCCAAAGCAGGUUUUUGUAAGUGUACGUCUGCAAAUCUCAAGCAAAAUAUAUGGGUUUAAAGAUUUGGGGGGUGGGAAGAAAUUAUGGAUCAAACAGUAAUUGCAAAGUUUAGAUCGGAACCAUAGAUGGUUGAGCAGCAUGGUUUGACUUAACUUACUUGUUCCGGUGGUAUGAUUUAAUUUCUUGGUCUGGUCACGGUUUGGAUCAGAUUGUAUAUUUAUUUUGUUUUUCAAUUCGUGUUUGCAAUUUCCAAUGACAUCCAAUUUCCAACUCUUAUUUUACAAAUCUCACCCCCUCAUUUUGUCUCAGAUCAUAUUCGACUGUUUAAGUAAAAAAGUAGAAACUAUCUCAUCUUUAUAUGACAUUAUUAUUAUUAUUACUAGCACCGGGCCCACCCCGUUGGACGGGUAACUUAUGCAUAAUCGUAUCAUUUAAUAAAUUUUGAAAUAUAAA